UCUUCUACACUAGGGCGCGAAAACCAGUCAUAAUUUUGAGCUUUUUUUCUCUAUUCUGCUUUCAACGGUCAGAAACUCAGUCCCGUCGGCGGUAGUCGGAGCUUGGAAAUGGCGGUCAACGAAGAUAGAAGCAGUCACAAGCGAGCUUUCUUAGAAUUCUUGGAUCAAAAUAUAUACAAAGAUGAAAUUAAAGCGAUGAUCAACCACAAACGACACCGUCUCAUCGUUAACAUCUCGGAUCUCCAUACGUUUCAGGACUUUGGCCCUAGGGUUUUGAGGAAUCCGAGUGACUAUAUGCAGUCAUUAUGUGACGCAGCGACCGAUAUCACACGAAGCAUUGAUCCAAAGUAUUUGAAAGAAGGAGAACAGAUUGUUGUUGGCUUUGAGGGGCCAUUUGUAUCUCGCCGUGUUACUCCGAGGGAACUUCUGUCUGAGUUUAUUGGCUCUAUGGUCUGCGUUGAGGGCAUUAUCACCAAAUGUUCUCUUGUAAGGCCGAAGGUUGUAAAAAGUGUUCAUUUUUGCCCUGAUACUGGGGAAUUCACGACUCGUGAAUAUCGUGACAUUACAUCUAAUGUGGGUUUGCCCACAGGUUCUGUCUAUCCUACAAGGGAUAAUCAUGGAAAUUUAUUGGUAACUGAGUAUGGGAUGUGCACGUAUAAAGAUCAUCAAACCUUGUCAAUGCAAGAAGUGCCUGAGAAUGCUGCUCCUGGUCAGCUUCCAAGAACAGUUGAUGUCAUAGUUGAGGAUGACAUGGUUGAUUCAUGUAAGCCUGGAGAUCGUGUUGCCAUUGUGGGGAUAUAUAAAGCACUUCCUGGAAGAAGCAAGGGUAGUGUUAAUGGAGUAUUCAGGACUGUUCUCAUUGCUAAUAAUGUUUCUUUGCUCAAUAAGGAGGCUAAUGCGCCAAUAUAUAGUCCAGAGGACUUAAAGAACAUAAAAAAAAUAGCUGAAAGAGAUGAUGCAUUUGAUUUACUUGGUAACUCACUGGCGCCUUCAAUAUAUGGACAUUCAUGGAUUAAAAAAGCAGUUAUGCUAUUGAUGCUUGGAGGAGUUGAAAAAAACUUAAAGAAUGGUACUCAUUUAAGAGGUGACAUUAACAUGAUGAUGGUUGGUGAUCCGUCUGUCGCCAAAUCUCAACUUUUAAGAGCAAUAAUGAAUAUCGCUCCUUUGGCUAUAUCAACCACCGGUCGUGGUUCUUCUGGUGUAGGGCUGACAGCUGCUGUUACUUCUGAUCAAGAAACAGGAGAAAGAAGGCUGGAAGCUGGGGCAAUGGUUCUUGCUGACAGGGGUGUUGUCUGUAUUGAUGAGUUUGACAAGAUGAAUGACCAGGAUCGUGUUGCUAUACAUGAAGUCAUGGAGCAGCAGACUGUUACUAUUGCUAAAGCUGGUAUUCAUGCAUCUUUGAAUGCUCGAUGUAGUGUUGUGGCUGCUGCAAAUCCCAUUUAUGGAACUUAUGACCGCUCAUUGACGCCCACUAAGAACAUUGGACUUCCAGACUCUUUGCUUUCUCGUUUUGAUUUGCUAUUCAUAGUAUUGGAUCAAAUGGAUCCUGAUAUUGACCGUCACAUUUCAGAACAUGUCUUGCGCAUGCAUCGGUACCGUUCAGCAGUUGAUGGAGGUGAAGCGACACUUAAUGGAGGUUCUCGAUAUGGAAGAGAAGAGGAAACUGAUGAUUCGACCGUCUUUGUCAAGUAUAACCGAAUGCUUCACGGAAAGAAAACAGACAGGGGUCAGAAGCGUGAUACCCUUACAAUUAAGUUUCUGAAGAAGUAUAUCCACUAUGCAAAGCAUAGGAUUCAGCCUGACCUAAGUGAUGAGGCAUCUGAAUACAUUGCAACCGCAUAUGCUGAACUCAGAAGUUCUAGCUCAACUACAAAGACUGGAGGUACACUUCCGAUCACUGCAAGAACCUUAGAAACAAUUAUACGUCUCUCCACUGCACAUGCCAAAUUGAAAUUGAGUAGGAAGGUUUCGAAGUCCGAUGUUGAAGCAGCCCUCAAAGUUCUCAAUUUUGCUAUAUAUCAUACAGAAUUAACUGAGAUGGACGAGCGUGAACGAGGGAGGGAAGGGGAAAGAGAAUUGGAAAGAAAUCAAAAUGCAGAGCGCCGUCGUGCUACUAGAGGUGAUAGAGACGGACACACAGAUGUAGAAAUGGGAGGUUCAACAGCGGAUGCCAUGGAAGUAGAUGACCCUCCUGCAGAGCAAGCCACCACUGAGUUAUCUCCAGAAAGAAUUGAAGCAUUUAACUCUGCUUUUCGUGAGCAUAUGCGCUACUUGGAUAGCAUUACCAUUGAUGACUUGGAGAAUGCUAUCAAUGGAGGAGCUUCUCAUUACUCAAGAGAAGAGAUUAUGCAGCUAUUACAGAAACUGCACGACGAGAACAAAGUGAUGAUAGCUGAUGGAAAGGUUCAUAUGGUGAUAUCAUGAAUGAUGAGAACCUCAACAACAAAGUGCAGGGACAUUGGAAUCAGUAAGCAAAGCAGUUGCCUGGGAGUGCCGAACGGAAUAUACAUAGAGCUGCAUAUUUCAAAUCUGAUUGUUCAAAGUGUCCAAAGCAGAAGUUAAAAUUGCAGAAUUCGCACGUCGGCAUUCUGAGAAAAUUAGGACAUACAUUUUGCUUUCCUUAUUUGUCAUUGUCAGGGCCAUCUAUCAGGAUGGAUGACAAAAAAGAGAUUAAUUAUGAUAUUUUAGUGUAUCCUUUUGUGAAUCUCCUUGUAUUUAAAGGUGCUGCUGAUUAUAUUAUUUUUUAACUGAAA